AUGCGCAACUUUCCUCCAUGCCAUAUCGUUCCAGCUGCUGCUGCCUGCCACCCCAGGAGGAAGAGGGGGAAGGAAGGGGGCAUCUUUGAGGCGCCUCACAACCCUGCCUGCAAUGCAAUCCGCCCGUCCCACUUGGCCCCGUUUGCUGCUGUCCAGAAGGUGCCCCACCUCUUGGAGCGAAUCAUCACCUGCAGCAGGGGGGGCCGGGGGAGCAAAGGGAAGGGGAUUUUGGACGGUUUAAAUGCAAUGCGCCCCUCCCACUUCGCCCCGUUUGCUGCUGUCCACCAGGUGCCCCACCUCUUGGAGCGAAUCAUCACCUGUAGGCAGCAGGGGGGGAAGGGUGGAAGGGAGGAGGGGGUUUUGAGGGUUAAGAAUCUAAGAUGGGACAGAGGGAGAGAAAGAUUUGCUGCUGUCCGCCAGGUAACCCACCUCUUGGACCGUAUCCCACCUCUUGGACCGUAUCAUCACCUGCAGCAGGGGGAGGCGAGGGAGCAAGGGAGGAGGGGAUGGGGAGGUGUGGAGGGAAGUGGGGGGGAAAGGGAGCAAGUUUUCUCCCAUUUCGCCCCGUUCGCUGCUGUCCACCAGGUAUCCCACCUCUUGGACCGUAUCAUCACCUGCAGCAGGGGGAGGCGAGGGAGCAAGGGAGGAGGGGAUGGGGAGGUGUGGAGGGAAGUGGGGGGGAAAGGGAGCAAGUUUGCUCUCACUUCGCCCCGUUCGCUGCUGUCCACCAGGUAUCCCACCUCUUGGACCGUAUCAUCACCUGCAGCAGGGGGAGGCGAGGGAGCAAGGGAGGAGGGGAUGGGGAGGUGUGGAGGGAAGUGGGGGGGAAAGGGAGCAAGUUUGCUCUCACUUCGCCCCGUUCGCUGCUGUCCACCAGGUAUCCCACCUCUUGGACCGUAUCAUCACCUGCAGCAGGGGGAGGCGAGGGAGCAAGGGAGGAGGGGAUGGGGAGGUGUGGAGGGAAGUGGGGGGGAAAGGGAGCAAGUUUGCUCUCACUUCGCCCCAUUCGCUGCUGUCCACCAGGUAUCCCACCUCUUGGACCGUAUCAUCACCUGCAGCAGGGGGAGGCGAGGGAGCAAGGGAGGAGGGGAUGGGGAGGUGUGGAGGGAAGUGGGGGGGAAAGGGAGCAAGUUUGCUCUCACUUCGCCCCGUUCGCUGCUGUCCACCAGGUAUCCCACCUCUUGGACCGUAUCAUCACCUGCAGCAGGGGGAGGCGAGGGAGCAAGGGAGGAGGGGAUGGGGAGGUGUGGAGGGAAGUGGGGGGGAAAGGGAGCAAGUUUGCUCUCACUUCGCCCCAUUCGCUGCUGUCCACCAGGUAUCCCACCUCUUGGACCGUAUCAUCACCUGCAGCAGGGGGAGGCGAGGGAGCAAGGGAGGAGGGGAUGGGGAGGUGUGGAGGGAAGUGGGGGGGAAAGGGAGCAAGUUUGCUCUCACUUCGCCCCGUUCGCUGCUGUCCACCAGGUAUCCCACCUCUUGGACCGUAUCAUCACCUGCAGCAGGGGGAGGCGAGGGAGCAAGGGAGGAGGGGAUGGGGAGGUGUGGAGGGAAGUGGGGGGGAAAGGGAGCAAGUUUGCUCUCACUUCGCCCCGUUCGCUGCUGUCCACCAGGUAUCCCACCUCUUGGACCGUAUCAUCACCUGCAGCAGGGGGAGGCGAGGGAGCAAGGGAGGAGGGGAUGGGGAGGUGUGGAGGGAAGUGGGGGGGAAAGGGAGCAAGUUUGCUCUCACUUCGCCCCGUUCGCUGCUGUCCACCAGGUAUCCCACCUCUUGGACCGUAUCAUCACCUGCAGCAGGGGGAGGCGAGGGAGCAAGGGAGGAGGGGAUGGGGAGGUGUGGAGGGAAGUGGGGGGGAAAGGGAGCAAGUUUGCUCUCACUUCGCCCCGUUCGCUGCUGUCCACCAGGUAUCCCACCUCUUGGACCGUAUCAUCACCUGCAGCAGGGGGAGGCGAGGGAGCAAGGGAGGAGGGGAUGGGGAGGUGUGGAGGGAAGUGGGGGGGAAAGGGAGCAAGUUUGCUCUCACUUCGCCCCGUUCGCUGCUGUCCACCAGGUAUCCCACCUCUUGGACCGUAUCAUCACCUGCAGCAGGGGGAGGCGAGGGAGCAAGGGAGGAGGGGAUGGGGAGGUGUGGAGGGAAGUGGGGGGGAAAGGGAGCAAGUUUGCUCUCACUUCGCCCCGUUCGCUGCUGUCCACCAGGUAUCCCACCUCUUGGACCGUAUCAUCACCUGCAGCAGGGGGAGGCGAGGGAGCAAGGGAGGAGGGGAUGGGGAGGUGUGGAGGGAAGUGGGGGGGAAAGGGAGCAAGUUUGCUCUCACUUCGCCCCAUUCGCUGCUGUCCACCAGGUAUCCCACCUCUUGGACCGUAUCAUCACCUGCAGCAGGGGGAGGCGAGGGAGCAAGGGAGGAGGGGAUGGGGAGGUGUGGAGGGAAGUGGGGGGGAAAGGGAGCAAGUUUGCUCUCACUUCGCCCCGUUCGCUGCUGUCCACCAGGUAUCCCACCUCUUGGACCGUAUCAUCACCUGCAGCAGGGGGAGGCGAGGGAGCAAGGGAGGAGGGGAUGGGGAGGUGUGGAGGGAAGUGGGGGGGAAAGGGAGCAAGUUUGCUCUCACUUCGCCCCGUUCGCUGCUGUCCACCAGGUAUCCCACCUCUUGGACCGUAUCAUCACCUGCAGCAGGGGGAGGCGAGGGAGCAAGGGAGGAGGGGAUGGGGAGGUGUGGAGGGAAGUGGGGGGGAAAGGGAGCAAGUUUGCUCUCACUUCGCCCCGUUCGCUGCUGUCCACCAGGUAUCCCACCUCUUGGACCGUAUCAUCACCUGCAGCAGGGGGAGGCGAGGGAGCAAGGGAGGAGGGGAUGGGGAGGUGUGGAGGGAAGUGGGGGGGAAAGGGAGCAAGUUUGCUCUCACUUCGCCCCGUUCGCUGCUGUCCACCAGGUAUCCCACCUCUUGGACCGUAUCAUCACCUGCAGCAGGGGGAGGCGAGGGAGCAAGGGAGGAGGGGAUGGGGAGGUGUGGAGGGAAGUGGGGGGGAAAGGGAGCAAGUUUGCUCUCACUUCGCCCCGUUCGCUGCUGUCCACCAGGUAUCCCACCUCUUGGACCGUAUCAUCACCUGCAGCAGGGGGAGGCGAGGGAGCAAGGGAGGAGGGGAUGGGGAGGUGUGGAGGGAAGUGGGGGGGAAAGGGAGCAAGUUUGCUCUCACUUCGCCCCGUUCGCUGCUGUCCACCAGGUAUCCCACCUCUUGGACCGUAUCAUCACCUGCAGCAGGGGGAGGCGAGGGAGCAAGGGAGGAGGGGAUGGGGAGGUGUGGAGGGAAGCGGGGGGGAAAGGGAGCAAGUUUGCUCUCACUUCGCCCCGUUCGCUGCUGUCCACCAGGUAUCCCACCUCUUGGACCGUAUCAUCACCUGCAGCAGGGGGAGGCGAGGGAGCAAGGGAGGAGGGGAUGGGGAGGUGUGGAGGGAAGUGGGGGGGAAAGGGAGCAAGUUUGCUCUCACUUCGCCCCGUUCGCUGCUGUCCACCAGGUAUCCCACCUCUUGGACCGUAUCAUCACCUGCAGCAGGGGGAGGCGAGGGAGCAAGGGAGGAGGGGAUGGGGAGGUGUGGAGGGAAGUGGGGGGGAAAGGGAGCAAGUUUGCUCUCACUUCGCCCCGUUCGCUGCUGUCCACCAGGUAUCCCACCUCUUGGACCGUAUCAUCACCUGCAGCAGGGGGAGGCGAGGGAGCAAGGGAGGAGGGGAUGGGGAGGUGUGGAGGGAAGUGGGGGGGAAAGGGAGCAAGUUUGCUCUCACUUCGCCCCGUUCGCUGCUGUCCACCAGGUAUCCCACCUCUUGGACCGUAUCAUCACCUGCAGCAGGGGGAGGCGAGGGAGCAAGGGAGGAGGGGAUGGGGAGGUGUGGAGGGAAGUGGGGGGGAAAGGGAGCAAGUUUGCUCUCACUUCGCCCCGUUCGCUGCUGUCCACCAGGUAUCCCACCUCUUGGACCGUAUCAUCACCUGCAGCAGGGGGAGGCGAGGGAGCAAGGGAGGAGGGGAUGGGGAGGUGUGGAGGGAAGUGGGGGGGAAAGGGAGCAAGUUUGCUCUCACUUCGCCCCAUUCGCUGCUGUCCACCAGGUAUCCCACCUCUUGGACCGUAUCAUCACCUGCAUCAGGGGGAGGCGAGGGAGCAAGGGAGGAGGGGAUGGGGAGGUGUGGAGGGAAGUGGGGGGGAAAGGGAGCAAGUUUGCUCUCACUUCGCCCCGUUCGCUGCUGUCCACCAGGUAUCCCACCUCUUGGACCGUAUCAUCACCUGCAGCAGGGGGAGGCGAGGGAGCAAGGGAGGAGGGGAUGGGGAGGUGUGGAGGGAAGUGGGGGGGAAAGGGAGCAAGUUUGCUCUCACUUCGCCCCGUUCGCUGCUGUCCACCAGGUAUCCCACCUCUUGGACCGUAUCAUCACCUGCAGCAGGGGGAGGCGAGGGAGCAAGGGAGGAGGGGAUGGGGAGGUGUGGAGGGAAGUGGGGGGGAAAGGGAGCAAGUUUGCUCUCACUUCGCCCCGUUCGCUGCUGUCCACCAGGUAUCCCACCUCUUGGACCGUAUCAUCACCUGCAGCAGGGGGAGGCGAGGGAGCAAGGGAGGAGGGGAUGGGGAGGUGUGGAGGGAAGUGGGGGGGAAAGGGAGCAAGUUUGCUCUCACUUCGCCCCGUUCGCUGCUGUCCACCAGGUAUCCCACCUCUUGGACCGUAUCAUCACCUGCAGCAGGGGGAGGCGAGGGAGCAAGGGAGGAGGGGAUGGGGAGGUGUGGAGGGAAGUGGGGGGGAAAGGGAGCAAGUUUGCUCUCACUUCGCCCCGUUCGCUGCUGUCCACCAGGUAUCCCACCUCUUGGACCGUAUCAUCACCUGCAGCAGGGGGAGGCGAGGGAGCAAGGGAGGAGGGGAUGGGGAGGUGUGGAGGGAAGUGGGGGGGAAAGGGAGCAAGUUUGCUCUCACUUCGCCCCGUUCGCUGCUGUCCACCAGGUAUCCCACCUCUUGGACCGUAUCAUCACCUGCAGCAGGGGGAGGCGAGGGAGCAAGGGAGGAGGGGAUGGGGAGGUGUGGAGGGAAGUGGGGGGGAAAGGGAGCAAGUUUGCUCUCACUUCGCCCCGUUCGCUGCUGUCCACCAGGUAUCCCACCUCUUGGACCGUAUCAUCACCUGCAGCAGGGGGAGGCGAGGGAGCAAGGGAGGAGGGGAUGGGGAGGUGUGGAGGGAAGUGGGGGGGAAAGGGAGCAAGUUUGCUCUCACUUCGCCCCGUUCGCUGCUGUCCACCAGGUAUCCCACCUCUUGGACCGUAUCAUCACCUGCAGCAGGGGGAGGCGAGGGAGCAAGGGAGGAGGGGAUGGGGAGGUGUGGAGGGAAGUGGGGGGGAAAGGGAGCAAGUUUGCUCUCACUUCGCCCCGUUCGCUGCUGUCCACCAGGUAUCCCACCUCUUGGACCGUAUCAUCACCUGCAGCAGGGGGAGGCGAGGGAGCAAGGGAGGAGGGGAUGGGGAGGUGUGGAGGGAAGUGGGGGGGAAAGGGAGCAAGUUUGCUCUCACUUCGCCCCGUUCGCUGCUGUCCACCAGGUAUCCCACCUCUUGGACCGUAUCAUCACCUGCAGCAGGGGGAGGCGAGGGAGCAAGGGAGGAGGGGAUGGGGAGGUGUGGAGGGAAGUGGGGGGGAAAGGGAGCAAGUUUGCUCUCACUUCGCCCCGUUCGCUGCUGUCCACCAGGUAUCCCACCUCUUGGACCGUAUCAUCACCUGCAGCAGGGGGAGGCGAGGGAGCAAGGGAGGAGGGGAUGGGGAGGUGUGGAGGGAAGUGGGGGGGAAAGGGAGCAAGUUUGCUCUCACUUCGCCCCGUUCGCUGCUGUCCACCAGGUAUCCCACCUCUUGGACCGUAUCAUCACCUGCAGCAGGGGGAGGCGAGGGAGCAAGGGAGGAGGGGAUGGGGAGGUGUGGAGGGAAGUGGGGGGGAAAGGGAGCAAGUUUGCUCUCACUUCGCCCCGUUCGCUGCUGUCCACCAGGUAUCCCACCUCUUGGACCGUAUCAUCACCUGCAGCAGGGGGAGGCGAGGGAGCAAGGGAGGAGGGGAUGGGGAGGUGUGGAGGGAAGCGGGGGGGAAAGGGAGCAAGUUUGCUCUCACUUCGCCCCGUUCGCUGCUGUCCACCAGGUAUCCCACCUCUUGGACCGUAUCAUCACCUGCAGCAGGGGGAGGCGAGGGAGCAAGGGAGGAGGGGAUGGGGAGGUGUGGAGGGAAGUGGGGGGGAAAGGGAGCAAGUUUGCUCUCACUUCGCCCCAUUCGCUGCUGUCCACCAGGUAUCCCACCUCUUGGACCGUAUCAUCACCUGCAGCAGGGGGAGGCGAGGGAGCAAGGGAGGAGGGGAUGGGGAGGUGUGGAGGGAAGUGGGGGGGAAAGGGAGCAAGUUUGCUCUCACUUCGCCCCGUUCGCUGCUGUCCACCAGGUAUCCCACCUCUUGGACCGUAUCAUCACCUGCAGCAGGGGGAGGCGAGGGAGCAAGGGAGGAGGGGAUGGGGAGGUGUGGAGGGAAGUGGGGGGGAAAGGGAGCAAGUUUGCUCUCACUUCGCCCCGUUCGCUGCUGUCCACCAGGUAUCCCACCUCUUGGACCGUAUCAUCACCUGCAGCAGGGGGAGGCGAGGGAGCAAGGGAGGAGGGGAUGGGGAGGUGUGGAGGGAAGCGGGGGGGAAAGGGAGCAAGUUUGCUCUCACUUCGCCCCGUUCGCUGCUGUCCACCAGGUAUCCCACCUCUUGGACCGUAUCAUCACCUGCAGCAGGGGGAGGCGAGGGAGCAAGGGAGGAGGGGAUGGGGAGGUGUGGAGGGAAGUGGGGGGGAAAGGGAGCAAGUUUGCUCUCACUUCGCCCCGUUCGCUGCUGUCCACCAGGUAUCCCACCUCUUGGACCGUAUCAUCACCUGCAGCAGGGGGAGGCGAGGGAGCAAGGGAGGAGGGGAUGGGGAGGUGUGGAGGGAAGUGGGGGGGAAAGGGAGCAAGUUUGCUCUCACUUCGCCCCAUUCGCUGCUGUCCACCAGGUAUCCCACCUCUUGGACCGUAUCAUCACCUGCAGCAGGGGGAGGCGAGGGAGCAAGGGAGGAGGGGAUGGGGAGGUGUGGAGGGAAGUGGGGGGGAAAGGGAGCAAGUUUGCUCUCACUUCGCCCCGUUCGCUGCUGUCCACCAGGUAUCCCACCUCUUGGACCGUAUCAUCACCUGCAGCAGGGGGAGGCGAGGGAGCAAGGGAGGAGGGGAUGGGGAGGUGUGGAGGGAAGUGGGGGGGAAAGGGAGCAAGUUUGCUCUCACUUCGCCCCGUUCGCUGCUGUCCACCAGGUAUCCCACCUCUUGGACCGUAUCAUCACCUGCAGCAGGGGGAGGCGAGGGAGCAAGGGAGGAGGGGAUGGGGAGGUGUGGAGGGAAGUGGGGGGGAAAGGGAGCAAGUUUGCUCUCACUUCGCCCCGUUCGCUGCUGUCCACCAGGUAUCCCACCUCUUGGACCGUAUCAUCACCUGCAGCAGGGGGAGGCGAGGGAGCAAGGGAGGAGGGGAUGGGGAGGUGUGGAGGGAAGUGGGGGGGAAAGGGAGCAAGUUUGCUCUCACUUCGCCCCGUUCGCUGCUGUCCACCAGGUAUCCCACCUCUUGGACCGUAUCAUCACCUGCAGCAGGGGGAGGCGAGGGAGCAAGGGAGGAGGGGAUGGGGAGGUGUGGAGGGAAGUGGGGGGGAAAGGGAGCAAGUUUGCUCUCACUUCGCCCCGUUCGCUGCUGUCCACCAGGUAUCCCACCUCUUGGACCGUAUCAUCACCUGCAGCAGGGGGAGGCGAGGGAGCAAGGGAGGAGGGGAUGGGGAGGUGUGGAGGGAAGUGGGGGGGAAAGGGAGCAAGUUUGCUCUCACUUCGCCCCGUUCGCUGCUGUCCACCAGGUAUCCCACCUCUUGGACCGUAUCAUCACCUGCAGCAGGGGGAGGCGAGGGAGCAAGGGAGGAGGGGAUGGGGAGGUGUGGAGGGAAGUGGGGGGGAAAGGGAGCAAGUUUGCUCUCACUUCGCCCCGUUCGCUGCUGUCCACCAGGUAUCCCACCUCUUGGACCGUAUCAUCACCUGCAGCAAAGGGGAAGAGGGGCAAGGGAGGGCCAGCUAG